AUGGAGAACACUGCGGAGAAACCAAGCGGCAACAAGGCCACCAUCGUCAAGAACACGGCUCAGCUCUCCAGGAUCCCACGUCAUAUCAGUCAUCCACUCAAGGAGGAGCAAGAGGAGGAACUACAACAGGCAAAUGCGGAGAACACUGCGGAGAACACUACGGAGAACACUGCGGAGAAACCAAGCGGCAACAAGGCCACCAUCGUCAAGAACACGGCUCAGCUCUCCAAGAUCCCACGUCAAAUCAUCACUCAGCAAGCGGAGAACACCACUGCAACUUGGCCUAUCAUCCCCACUGCAUUAAUAUGGUACAUCACUGCAAUAACGUUAUAA